GGUCGCCGGCUUGAGGUCUGGGUCCUUCCCUGAAGGCCUCUGAGGGGAGGGGCAGCAACCAGUGGUUCCCCAUGGCCUGUCUUGUUUGCUGAUCGGAGGAUUAGGGGAGACAGGGUCCAGGUUUGGCACAGAGGAGCCAGAGGCCAGUGUCGGUGUGAUGGGGUGGAGGUUGGAAUCAGUGGCCUCUGAGGGGGUGAGCCCCUGGGCAAUGGUCUGGAGGGGCCAGUGUUUGGGUGACUAAGACAAGGGAAUGGCAGUGAGUGUUGGGGGGUGUCAAUAUCUCAGUGCUGCAAGGAGUGAGGUCAGUGUCUUGGGUGGGGGGCGGGGGUCACUGUGUGGAUGUCUGAAGGAUGAGCUGGAGAGGUGAGGCCAACCGUGGUUGGCGGGAGAAGGUGGUCCGUCCUGUCGGGGUUGAGAGGGUUCAGCGUGUGGACGAGGCAGGACGUAGGAGCGGUGUGGGUGACAGUGUCCUGUUUAGGUUAAGAAUGUGUAGGUCAGUGUGGGGUAGUGUGCCCCCAUACAUAGAGGUGUGAUCCCCUCCUGCUUUCUCUCCAGGAGGCCAUGUCGGGCGAGGACCAGGAGGUUCGGGCAGUGGUUGAGGAUGGCUCCAACGGGGGCAGUGGCUCGCCCAGCCCUGGGGACACGCUGCCCUGGAACCUGGAGAAAACCCAGCGGAGCCGGCGAGGUGGAGGUGGCCCCGGAGGAAAUGGGAGUGUCCUGGACCCUGCCGAAAGAGCAGUCAUCCGCAUUGCAGAUGAGCGGGACCGUGUGCAGAAGAAAACCUUCACCAAGUGGGUCAACAAGCACCCAUGUGGCUGAGCGAGAAGGAGGAGGAGGAGGUGGGCUUCGACUGGAGUGAGCGCAACAGCAACAUGGCUGCCAAGAAGGAGGCCUACUCGGCCCUGAUGCGUGAGCUGGAGCUGAAAGAAAAGAAAAUCAAAGAGAUCCAGAGCACUGGGGACCGCCUGCUCCGGGAAGACCACCCUGCCCGGCCCACAGUGGAGUCCUUCCAGGCAGCCCUGCAGACCCAGUGGAGCUGGAUGCUGCAGCUGUGCUGUUGCAUCGAGGCUCACCUGAAGGAGAACACCGCCUAUUUCCAGUUCUUCUCAGACGUGCGGGAGGCCGAGGAGCAGCUGCGGAAGCUGCAGGAGACGCUGCACAGGAAGUACACCUGCGACCGCUCCAUCACCGUCACGCGGCUGGAGGACCUGCUGCAGGAUGCCCAGGAUGAGAAGGACCAGCUGAACGAGUACCGGGGGCACCUCUCAGGCCUGGCCAAGCGGGCCAAGGCUAUUGUACAGCUCACGCCCCGCAACCCCACCCAGCCCACACGGGGCCGCGUGCCGCUGCUGGCUGUUUGCGACUACAAGCAGGUGGAGGCGACGGUGCACAAGGGCGAUGAGUGCCAGAUGCUGGGCCCCGCACAGCCGUUCCACUGGAAGGUGCUCAGCAGCUCUGGCAGUGAGGCUGCCGUGCCCUCCGUGUGCUUCCUUGUGCCCCCGCCGAACCAGGAGGCCCUGGAGGCUGUGGCCAGGCUGGAGGCCCAGCACCAGGCCUUGGUCACAUUGUGGCAUCAGCUGCACACGGACAUGAAGAGCCUUCUGGCAUGGCAGAGCCUCAGCCGUGACGUGCAGCUCAUCCGCUCCUGGUCCCUGGUCACGUUCCGCACGCUGAAGCCCGAGGAGCAGCGCCAGGCCCUCCGCAGCCUGGAGCUGCACUACCAGGCCUUCCUGCGGGACAGCCAGGACGCCGGCGGCUUCGGGCCUGAGGACCGGCUGCAGGCCGAGCGCGAGUAUGGCUCCUGCAGCCGCCACUACCAGCAGCUGCUGCAGAGCCUGGAGCAGGGUGAGCAGGAGGAGUCGCGCUGUCAGCGCUGCAUCUCAGAGCUCAAAGACAUCCGGCUACAGCUGGAGGCUUGCGAGACGCGCACGGUGCACCGCCUGCGGCUGCCACUAGACAAGGAGCCAGCACGGGAGUGCGCCCAGCGUAUCGCCGAGCAGCAGAAAGCACAGGCGGAGGUGGAGGGGCUGGGCAAGGGGGUCGCCCGGCUCUCUGCCGAGGCCGAGAAGGUCCUGGCCCUGCCCGAGCCAUCCCCUGCGGCCCCCACUCUGCGCUCAGAGCUGGAGCUGACCCUGGGCAAGUUGGAGCAGGUCCGCAGCCUGUCCGCCAUUUACCUGGAGAAGCUCAAGACUAUCAGCCUGGUGAUCCGCAGCACGCAGGGGGCCGAGGAGGCACUCAGGGCCCACGAGGAGCAGCUCAAGGAGGCCCAGGCUGUGCCCGCUGCCCUCCCAGAGCUUGAGGCCACCAAGGCUGCGAUGAAGAAGCUACGGGCCCAGGCAGAGGCACAGCAGCCUGUGUUUGAUGCCCUGCGGGAUGAGCUGCGGGGGGCGCAGGAAGUGGGCGAGCGGCUGCAGCAGCGGCACGGCGAGCGGGACGUGGAGGUGGAGCGCUGGCGUGAGCGGGUCACCCAACUGCUGGAGCGCUGGCAGGCUGUGCUGGCCCAGACCGACGUGCGGCAGCGUGAGCUUGAGCAGCUGGGCCGCCAGCUGCGUUACUACAGGGAGAGCGCAGACCCGCUGGGCGCCUGGCUGCAGGACGCCAGGCGGCGGCAGGAGCAGAUCCAGGCCGUGCCGCUGGCGGAUAGCCAGGCCGUGCGUGAGCAGCUGCGGCAGGAGAAGGCCCUUCUGGAAGAGAUUGAACGCCACGCGGAGAAGGUGGAGGAGUGCCAGAGGUUCGCAAAGCAGUACAUCAACGCCAUCAAGGACUAUGAGCUUCAGCUGGUCACGUACAAGGCGCAACUGGAGCCGGUGGCCUCACCAGCCAAGAAGCCCAAGGUCCAGUCGGGGUCCGAGAGCGUCAUCCAGGAGUAUGUGGACCUGCGGACUCGCUACAGUGAGUUGAGCACGCUCACCAGCCAGUACAUCAGGUUCAUCAGUGAGACCCUGCGGCGCAUGGAGGAGGAGGAGAGGCUGGCCGAGCAGCAGCGAGCGGAGGAGCGGGAGCGGCUGGCUGAGGUGGAGGCUGCACUGGAGAAGCAGCGGCAGCUGGCUGAGGCCCAUGCCCAGGCGAAGGCGCAGGCGGAGCGCGAGGCCCAGGAGCUGCAGCGGCGCAUGCAGGAGGAGGUGGCACGCCGGGAGGAGGUGGCAGUGGAUGCGCAGCAGCAGAAGCGCAGCAUCCAGGAGGAGCUGCAGCAGCUGCGGCAGAGCUCGGAGGCCGAGAUCCAGGCGAAGGCCCGGCAGGUGGAGGCAGCUGAGCGCAGCCGGCUGCGCAUCGAGGAGGAGAUCCGAGUGGUGCGCCUGCAGCUGGAGACCACGGAGCGCCAGCGUGGCGGGGCGGAGGGUGAGCUGCAGGCGCUGCGGGCGCGGGCGGAGGAGGCUGAGGCACAGAAGCGGCAGGCCCAGGAGGAAGCGGAGCGCCUGCGGCGACAGGUACAAGAGGAAACCCAGCGCAAGCGGCAGGCUGAGGCUGAGCUGGGCCUGCGCGUGAAGGCCGAGGCCGAGGCGGCAAGGGAGAAGCAGCGGGCCCUGCAGGCACUAGAGGAGCUACGGCUGCAGGCUGAGGAGGCGGAGCGGCGCCUGCGGCAGGCGGAGGCAGAGCGGGCGCGCCAGGUGCAGGUGGCGCUGGAGACAGCGCAGCGCAGCGCCCAGGCCGAGCUGCAGAGCAAGCAUGCCUCAUUUGCUGAGAAGACAGCGCAGCUGGAGCGCACCCUCGAGGAAGAGCACGUGACCGUGGUGCAGCUGCGUGAAGAGGCCACACGCCGGGAGCAGCAGCAGGCGGAGGCCGAGCGUGCCCGCGAAGAGGCUGAGCGUGAGUUGGAGCGCUGGCAGCUGAAGGCCAAUGAGGCGCUGCGGCUGCGGUUGCAGGCAGAGGAGGUGGCACAGCAGAAGAGCCUGGCGCAGGCCGAGGCGGAGAAGCAGAAGGAGGCGGCAGAGCGGGAGGCACGGCGGCGCGGCAAGGCGGAGGAGCAGGCUGUACGGCAGCGCGAGCUGGCAGAGCAGGAGCUGGAGAGGCAGCGGCAGCUGGCGGAGGGUACUGCGCAGCAGCGCCUGGCCGCCGAGCAGGAGCUGAUCCGGCUGCGCGCUGAGACAGAGCAGGGCGAGCAGCAGCGGCAGCUGCUGGAGGAGGAGCUGGCGCGGCUGCAGAGCGAGGCGGCCGCAGCCACGCAGAAGCGUCAGGAGCUGGAGGCCGAGCUGGCCAAGGUGCGGGCUGAGAUGGAGGUGCUGCUGGCCAGCAAGGCGCGGGCCGAGGAGGAGUCGCGCUCCAGCAGUGAGAAGUCCAAGCAGAGGCUGGAAGCCGAGGCCGGGCGCUUCCGCGAGUUGGCAGAGGAGGCUGCCCGCCUGCGCGCGCUGGCGGAGGAGGCCAAGCGGCAGCGGCAGCUGGCAGAGGAAGAUGCGGCGCGGCAGCGGGCAGAGGCUGAGCGGGUGCUGUCUGAGAAGCUGGCUGCCAUCAGCGAGGCCACGCGGCUCAAGACGGAGGCGGAGAUUGCACUUAAGGAGAAAGAAGCCGAGAACGAGCGCCUGCGGCGGCUGGCGGAAGACGAGGCCUUCCAGCGGCGGAGGCUGGAGGAGCAGGCAGCCCAGCACAAGGCCGACAUCGAGGAGCGGCUGGCGCAGCUGCGCAAGGCGUCUGAGAGCGAGCUGGAGCGGCAGAAGGGGCUGGUGGAGGAUACGCUGCGACAGCGACGGCAGGUGGAGGAGGAGAUCCUGGCCCUUAAGGCGAGCUUCGAGAAGGCGGCCGCCGGCAAGGCGGAGCUGGAGUUGGAGCUGGGUCGCAUCCGCGGCAACGCAGAGGACACGCUGCGAAGCAAGGAGCAGGCAGAGCAGGAGGCAGCGCGGCAGCGGCAGCUGGCUGCAGAGGAGGAGCGGCGGCGCCGGGAGGCGGAGGAGCGUGUGCAGAAGAGUCUGGCAGCUGAGGAGGAGGCUGCACGGCAGCGGAAGGCCGCGCUGGAGGAGGUGGAGCGGCUCAAGGCCAAGGUGGAGGAGGCGCGGCGCCUGCGCGAGCGCGCGGAGCACGAGUCUGUGCGGCAGCUGCAGCUGGCGCAGGAGGCUGCCCAGAAGCGGCUGCAGGCGGAGGAGAAGGCGCACGCCUUUGCGGUGCAGCAGAAGGAGCAGGAGCUGCAGCAGACCCUCCAGCAGGAGCAGAGCGUGCUGGAGAAGCUCCGCAGCGAGGCCGAAGCUGCCCGGCGCGCAGCUGAGGAGGCGGAGGAGGCACGCGAGCGGGCCGAGCGCGAGGCAGCGCAGUCCCGGCAGCGCGUGGAGGAGGCGGAGCGGCUGAAGCAGGCAGCGGAGGAGCAGGCGCAGGCCCAGGCGCAGGCGCAGGCCGCUGCAGAGAAGCUGCGCAAGGAAGCUGAGCAGGAGGCGGCACGGCGGGCACAGGCGGAGCAGGCGGCCCUGCGGCAGAAGCAGGCGGCUGACGCGGAGAUGGAGAAGCACAAGAAGUUCGCGGAGCAGACACUGCGGCAGAAGGCCCAGGUGGAGCAGGAGCUGACGGCACUGCGGUUGAAGCUGGAGGAGACCGACCACCAGAAGAGCAUCCUGGACCAGGAGCUGCAGCGGCUGAAGGCGGAGGUGACGGAGGCCGCCCGCCAGCGCAGCCAGGUAGAGGAGGAGCUGUUCUCCGUGCGUGUCCAGAUGGAGGAGCUCGGCAAGCUCAAGGCACGCAUCGAGGCGGAGAACCGCGCCCUUAUACUGCGCGACAAGGACAACACACAGCGCCUCCUGCAGGAGGAGGCCGAGAAGAUGAAGCAGGUGGCGGAGGAGGCCGCACGACUGAGUGUGGCGGCUCAGGAGGCGGCACGGCUGCGGCAGCUGGCGGAGGAGGACCUGGCUCAGCAGCGGGCCCUGGCAGAGAAGAUGCUCAAGGAGAAGAUGCAGGCCGUACAGGAGGCCACGCGGCUCAAGGCUGAGGCGGAGCUGCUGCAGCAGCAGAAGGAGCUGGCCCAGGAGCAGGCCCGCCGGCUGCAGGAGGACAAGGAGCAGAUGGCUCAGCAGCUGGCACAGGAGACGCAAGGCUUCCAGCGGACCCUGGAGACUGAGCGGCAACGGCAGCUGGAAAUGAGCGCGGAGGCGGAGCGGCUCAGGCUGCGCGUGGCCGAGAUGAGCCGUGCCCAGGCUCGCGCGGAGGAGGACGCCCAGCGCUUCCGGAAGCAGGCAGAGGAGAUCGGCGCAAAGUUGCACCGCACAGAGCUCGCCACGCAGGAGAAGGUGACGCUGGUGCAGACGCUGGAGACCCAGCGGCAGCAGAGCGACCGGGAUGCCGAUCGCCUGAGGGAGGCCAUUGCGGAGCUCGAGCGUGAGAAGGACAAGCUCAAGAAGGAGGCUGAGCUGUUGCAGCUCAAGUCUGAGGAGAUGCAGACGGUGCAGCAGGAGCAACUGCUGCAGGAGACUCAGGCCUUGCAGCAGAGCUUUCUCUCCGAGAAGGACAGCCUGCUGCAGCGGGAGCGCUUCAUCGAGGAGGAGAAGGCCAAGCUGGAGCGGCUCUUCCAGGACGAGGUGGCCAAGGCACAGAAGUUGCGGGAGGAGCAGCAGCGACAGCAGCAGCAGAUGCAGCAGGAGAAGCAGCAGCUGCUGGCCAGCAUGGAGGAGGCGCGGCGGCGGCAGCACGAGGCUGAGGAGGGCGUGAGGCGCAAGCAGGAGGAGCUGCAGCUCCUGGAGCAGCAGCGGCAGCAGCAGGAGCAGCUGCUGGCGGAGGAGAACCGCCGGCUGCGUGAGCGGCUAGAGCACCUGGAGGAGGAGCAUCGGGCCGCACUGGCCCACUCUGAGGAGAUCACCGCUGCUCAGGCAGCAGCCACCCGAGCCCUGCCCAAUGGCCAGGACGCGGCCGACGGCCCAGCUGCAGAGCCAGAGCAUGCUUUCGAGGGCCUGCGGCAGAAGGUGCCGGCCCAGCAGCUGCAGGAGGCGGGCAUCCUGAGCACAGAGGAGCUGCAGCGGCUGGCGCAGGGCCACACAACGGUGGCCGAGCUCACACAGCGGGAGGACGUGCGCCGCUAUCUGCAGGGCCACAGCAGCAUCGCCGGGCUGCUACUGAAGCCUGCCAAUGAGAAGCUGACCAUCUAUGCCGCCCUAAGGAGGCAGCUGCUGAGCCCGGGCACUGCUCUCAUCCUGCUUGAGGCCCAGGCAGCCUCAGGCUUCCUCCUGGACCCAGUGCGGAACAGGCGGCUGACCGUCACCGAAGCCGUGAAGGAGGGCGUCGUGGGCCCUGAGCUGCACCACAAGCUGCUGUCGGCCGAGCGCGCAGUCACCGGCUACAAGGACCCAUACACUGGGGAGAAGAUCUCCCUCUUCCAGGCCAUGAAGAAGGACCUCAUCGUGCGUGAGCACGGCAUCCGCCUGCUGGAGGCCCAGAUCGCCACGGGCGGCGUCAUCGACCCCGUGCACAGCCACCGCGUGCCCGUGGACGUGGCCUACCAUCGUGGCUACUUCGAUGAGGAGAUGAACCGCGUCCUGCAGGACCCCAGUGACGACACCAAGGGCUUCUUCGACCCCAACACUCAUGAGAACCUCACUUACCUGCAGCUGCUGGAACGCUGCGUGGAGGACCCUGAGACAGGCCUGCGGCUGCUGCCGCUCACAGAUCAGGCUGCCAAGGGUGGUGAGCUGGUCUACACUGACUCGGAGGCCCGGGAUGUGUUUGAGAAGGCCACUGUGUCAGCGCCAUUUGGCAAGUUCCAGGGCAAAACAGUGACCAUCUGGGAGCUCAUCAACUCCGAGUACUUCACGGCCGAGCAGCGGCGGGACCUCCUGCGGCAGUUUCGCACGGGCAAAGUCACUGUGGAGAAGAUCAUCAAGAUUGUCAUCACCGUCAUCGAGGAGCACGAGCAGAAGGGCCAGCUAUGCUUCCAGGGCCUGCGCGCCCUGGUCCCUGCUGCCGAGCUGCUUGAGAGCGGCAUCAUCGACUGGGACCUCUUCCGCCAGCUGCAGCUGGGCGAGCGCUCUGUGCAGGAGGUGGCUGAGGUGGAAGGCGUGCGGCGGGCCCUGCGGGGUUCGGGUGUCAUUGCAGGCGUAUGGCUGGAGGAAGCAAGGCAGAAACUAAGCAUUUAUGAGGCUCUGAAGAAAGAACUGCUGCAGCCGGAGGCGGCCGUGGCCCUGCUCGAGGCCCAGGCUGGCACCGGGCACGUCAUCGACCCUGCCACCAGUGCACGGCUGACUGUGGAUGAGGCGGUGCGCGCUGGCCUGGUGGGCCCUGAGCUGCACGAGAAGCUGCUGUCAGCUGAGAAAGCUGUGACUGGCUACAAAGACCCCUACUCGGGGCAGAGUGUGUCCCUGUUCCAGGCCCUGAAGAAGGGCCUCAUUCCCAGGGAGCAGGGCCUGCGUCUACUGGAUGCCCAGCUGUCCACAGGAGGCACCGUGGAUCCCAGCAAGAGCCACCGUCUGCCCCUGGAUGUCGCCUGUGCCCGCGGGUACCUGGAUGAGGAAACCAGCACCGCCCUCUCAGCGCCCAGAGAUGACGCCAAGACCUACUACGACCCCCGUACUUGGGAGCUGGCCACCUACAGCCAGCUCCAGCAACAGUGCCGCCCUGACCCACUGACAGGACUGAGUCUGCUGCCGCUCUCAGAGGAGGCAGCCCGGGCCCGGCAGCAGGAGCUCUACUCUGAGGUCCAGGCCCGCGAGGCCUUCCAGAAGGCCACUGUUGAGGUCCCUGUGGGCAGCUUUCAGGGCCGGGCAGUGACUAUCUGGGAGCUCAUCAACUCAGAGUACUUCACGGCCGAGCAGAGACAGGAGCUGCUACGGCAGUUCCGCACGGGCAAGGUCACCGUGGAGAAGAUCAUCAAGAUCGUCAUCACCAUUGUGGAGGAGGUGGAGACCACGCGGCGUGAGAGGCUCUCCUUCAGCGGUCUCCGUGCCCCGGUGCCAGCCAGCGAGCUCCUGGCCGCCGGCAUCCUCAGUAGCUCCCAGUUUGAGCAACUCAAGGACGGCAAGACAUCAGUAAAGGACCUGUCAGAGCUGAGCUCACUGCAGACCCUCCUCCAGGGCAGCGGUUGCCUGGCUGGCAUCUACCUGGAGGAGUCCAAGGAGAAGGUGACCAUCUACGAGGCCAUGCGACGGGGACUGCUCAGGCCCAGCACUGCCAUCCUCCUGCUUGAGGCGCAGGCGGCCACAGGCUUCCUGGUGGACCCUGUGAGGAACCAGCGCCUGUACGUCCACGAGGCUGUGAAGGCUGGUGUCGUGGGCCCAGAGCUACAUGAGAAGCUGCUGUCAGCCGAGAAGGCCGUGACCGGGUACAAGGACCCCUACUCGGGCAGCACCAUCUCCCUCUUCCAGGCCAUGAAGAAGGGCCUGGUCGUCAGAGAGCAUGGCAUCCGCCUGCUGGAGGCCCAGAUCGCCACAGGCGGCAUCAUUGACCCCGUGCACAGCCACCGCGUGCCCGUGGACGUGGCCUGCCAGCGCGGCUACUUCGACGAGGAGAUGAACCGCGUGCUGGAGGACCCCAGCGACGACACCAAGGGCUUCUUCGACCCCAACACGCACGAGAAUCUCACGUACAGGCAGCUGCUGGAGCGCUGCGUGGAGGACCCCGAGACGGGCCUGCGGCUUCUACCACUGAAAGGGCCAGAGAAGGCAGAGGUGGUGGAGACCACACGGGUGUACACCGAGGAGGAGACGCGUAGGGCCUUCGAGGAGACACAGAUCGACAUCCCCGGGGGCGGCAGCCAUGGGGGCUCCACCAUGUCCCUGUGGGAGGUGAUGCAGUCCGACCUGAUACCCGAGGAGCAGCGGGCCCAGCUGAUGGCUGACUUCCAGGCCGGCCGUGUGACCAAGGAGCGCAUGAUCAUCAUCAUCAUCGAGAUCAUCGAGAAGACCGAGAUCGUGCGCCAGCAGAACCUAGCGUCCUACGACUACGUGCGCCGCCGCCUCACGGCCGAGGACCUGUACGAGGCCCGCGUCAUCUCGCGCGAGUCCUACAGCCUGCUCCGGGAGGGCACCAGGAGCCUCCGCGAGGUGCUGGAGGCCGAGUCUGCCUGGCGUUACCUCUACGGCACGGGCUGUGUAGCUGGCGUCUACCUGCCUGGCUCCAGGCAGACCCUCCCCAUCUACCAGGCCCUCAAGAAGGGGCUGCUGAGCGCUGAGGUGGCCCGCCUGCUGCUGGAGGCGCAGGCGGCCACGGGCUUCCUGCUGGACCCGGUGAAGGGCGAGCGGCUGACUGUGGAUGAAGCUGUGCGGAAGGGCCUGGUGGGCCCCGAGCUGCAUGACCGGCUGCUGUCGGCCGAGCGGGCCGUGACCGGCUACCGCGACCCCUACACGGAGCAGACCAUCUCGCUCUUCCAGGCCAUGAAGAAGGACCUUAUCCCUGCUGAGGAGGCCCUGCGGCUGCUGGACGCUCAGCUGGCCACGGGCGGCAUCGUGGACCCACGCCUGGGCUUCCACCUCCCGCUGGAGGUAGCCUACCAGCGUGGCUACCUCAACAAGGACACACACGACCAGCUGUCGGAGCCCAGUGAGGUGCGCAGCUACGUGGACCCCUCCACGGACGAGCGCCUCAGCUACACACAGCUGCUCCGGCGCUGCCGCCGUGAUGAAACCAGCGGCCUGUUCCUCCUGCCACUCUCGGAGGCCCGCAAGCUGACCUUCCGUGGCCUGCGCAAGCAGAUCACGGUGGAGGAGCUGGUGCGCUCGCAUGUCAUGGAUGAGGCCACUGCGCAGCGGCUGCAAGAGGGCCUGACCUCCAUCGAGGAGGUCUCCAAGAAUCUGCAGAAGUUCCUCGAGGGCACCAGCAGCAUUGCUGGUGUCCUUGUCGACGCCACCAAGGAGCGGCUGUCGGUGUACCAGGCCAUGAAGAAGGGCAUCAUCCGGCCCGGCACAGCCUUCGAGCUCCUGGAGGCCCAGGCGGCCACUGGCUACGUCAUCGACCCCAUUAAGGGGCUCAAGCUGACCGUGGAGGAGGCUGUGCGCAUGGGCAUUGUGGGCCCCGAGUUCAAGGACAAGCUGCUGUCGGCUGAGCGCGCCGUCACCGGCUACAAGGACCCCUACUCCGGGAAGCUCAUCUCCCUCUUCCAGGCCAUGAAGAAGGGCCUCAUCCUCAAGGACCACGGCAUCCGCCUGCUGGAGGCCCAGAUCGCCACAGGCGGCAUCAUCGACCCUGAGGAGAGCCACCGCCUACCCGUGGAUGUGGCCUACCAGCGCGGCCUCUUCGAUGAAGAGAUGAAUGAGAUCCUCACCGACCCCUCGGACGACACCAAGGGCUUCUUCGAUCCCAACACGGAGGAGAACCUCACUUACCUGCAGCUGAUGGAGCGCUGUGUCACUGACCCCCAAACGGGGCUGCGGCUCCUGCCCCUGAAAGAGAAGAAGAGGGAGCGGAAGACGUCCUCCAAGUCCUCAGUGCGUAAGCGGCGCGUGGUCAUCGUGGACCCCGAGACGGGUAAGGAGAUGUCCGUGUACGAGGCCUACCGCAAGGGCCUCAUCGACCACCAGACCUACCUGGAGCUGUCGGAGCAGGAGUGUGAGUGGGAGGAGAUCACCAUCUCAUCCUCGGACGGUGUGGUCAAAUCCAUGAUCAUCGACCGCCGCUCGGGCCGCCAGUAUGACAUCGAUGAGGCCAUCGCCAAGAGCCUCAUCGACCGCUCGGCACUGGACCAGUACCGCGCCGGCACACUGUCCAUCACGGAGUUUGCUGACAUGCUCUCGGGCAACGCCGGCGGUUUCCGCUCGCGCUCAUCCUCUGUGGGGUCAUCGUCCUCCUACCCCAUCAGCCCGGCUGUCUCCAGGACCCAGCUGGCCUCCUGGUCCGACCCCACAGAGGAGACAGGCCCUGUGGCUGGCAUCCUGGACACCGAGACCCUGGAGAAGGUGUCCAUCACAGAGGCCAUGCACCGCAACCUGGUGGACAACAUCACGGGCCAGCGGCUGCUGGAGGCGCAGGCCUGCACUGGGGGCAUCAUUGACCCCAACACUGGCGAACGCUUCCCUGUCACCGAUGCUGUCAACAAGGGCCUGGUGGACAAGAUCAUGGUGGACCGCAUCAACCUGGCCCAGAAGGCCUUCUGCGGCUUCGAGGACCCACGCACCAAGACCAAGAUGUCGGCCGCCCAGGCCCUGAAGAAGGGCUGGCUCUACUACGAGGCGGGGCAGCGCUUCCUGGAGGUGCAGUAUCUGACGGGCGGCCUUAUUGAGCCAGACACGCCGGGCCGUGUGCCCCUGGACGAGGCCCUGCAGCGCGGCACAGUGGAUGCCCGCACUGCCCAGAAGCUGCGUGAUGUCAGCGCGUACUCCAAGUACCUCACCUGCCCCAAGACCAAGCUCAAGAUCUCCUACAAGGACGCACUGGACCGCAGCAUGGUGGAGGAGGGCACGGGGCUGCGGCUGCUGGAGGCCGCCGCCCAGUCCAGCAAGGGCUACUACAGCCCCUACAGCGUCAGCGGCUCCGGCUCCACCACCGGCUCGCGCUCUGGCUCGCGCACCGGCUCCCGGGCUGGCUCCCGUCGCGGCAGCUUUGAUGCCACGGGCUCAGGCUUCUCCAUGACCUUCUCCUCCUCGUCCUACUCCUCCUCAGGCUAUGGCCGCCGCUACGCCUCGGGGCCCACGUCCUCCCUGGGGGGCCCCGAGUCCGCGGCAGCCUGAUCCCUCCUGCUCCCUGCCUCCCGCUCUGCAUGUGGCCUCCCGCCCAGGCGCUGGGGUCUCUUUAACAUUGAAAGGUGUCUUCCUCCCAAGCGGUGCCUCAAGUUUAACCAAAAAGACUAGACUAACGUAUUAAUAUAUAUCUGCUGUCCAGACAGCCUGUCUCCCGGGGAAGGGGCCAGUCCAGCCCCACUGACCACUCCACCCCCCGGGUCUCCCUGCUCCUCUUUACCUGCCACUCACCACAGCCAGGUGCCUUGGAAGGUCCAGAGGUGGGCCCCCCGACUCAGCCCUCUCAUCUCCCCAGGGGGUUCCGUCUGGGCGAGCUUCCCCCAGCCCUGUAGACCAGCCCCACCCAACCCCCAGCCCAACCUGCCUGGGCAGCGGACUCAGCCCCUAGCAGCAGGGCCGUUGGGACCAGCGCCUCUAUGUCUCCAGGACUGACCCGCUCGCUCUGCGCGGGCGGCAGCGAGUCCUGGUCACCCUCCUCUCCUCGGCUGCUCAGGAAGCCCCUUCCCCACGGGAGGGUGAGGUUCCCAAGCAGACCCAGCCGGCCCAGGCCAGGCCCCUCAGACCCCAGGCCUCUGGCUUCAGCCUUCCAGCCUCAGCUCCCUAGUAAGUGCCUUCUGUGUCCCCCUUCGCACCCCAGGCCCCAAGGACCCAGACCUGGGGUGGGAGACAGACCCUCCUGGUGAAAGGCUUGCCACUGCCCAGCUCUCAGGCAUGCCAGCCAGGUACAGCGGGUCCCCCAUAGGUUUCUGCCCACUGUGGGCCCAGCGCCCCCCAAGGCCUGUGGGACACCCCUCCCCCGGGUGCUGACUGCCUGCCUCUCCCAGGGAGCCUCAGCCCCCGAGUGGGCCCGGGACGCGGCCAAGGCGGUCGGUGCCAACCAGGCCGCCCCGCCGGGGCCACCCGCUCCUACUCCAUCACCCCGGGCCCUGGUGGCUCCACCCCUGCCUCCACCCUCUGACUGAGCUUUGCAUGUUCCACUAACCCAGGGAGGUGGCAGGUGGAGGCUCUCAGCUUCGGCUGCAUCUGAGGGCAGAACACUAACCUGACCAUGGCGGGCCUGCCGCGCUCGCCCCAAUAAAAGCAAUUCCAACCA